GUCUGGUUUGAAAUAAAUUUUGUAUUUUAACUAAAGUGUGACUAUAAAAAUUAAUGAAUAUCGACCGAAGUUCUUACAAAGACAAAUUUAAAAACAUCAUUGAUGCCCAAAGAAAUAGAGAACCCGGAGAAGACAUCAUAGAGAUAGAACAGACAUUUGGAUCAACAGAUCAGAUUAAGGUUCAAGCUGAACAGCAGACUAAGAAGUAUUCAGAUAAACAGUCAAUAAGAAGUCAAAAACUAAUAAAGGAAGCCAAAUACUCAACUACUAAGGAAGAACCACUUUCAUGAUUGGAAAAUAUAGUACGACUCAAUUCCUCGUUGUCAAGCUUGUGUACAUUGGAAUCAUCCUGCUGUCCGCUUCUAUCUCAGAACUCGUAUGGGUUAUCUUUGAUGCUAGACCAAUUGAGUUGGUGCAGGGAACAUUUAUUGUAUUCUCUCUUGGAUUAUCUGUUAUUAUUAUUCCUCAGAUAG